AGCCUAUCAACGCUACUCCGCCUUCUUGGUGUCGUGAUCAGGGUCGCUCUGGGAUGAACUGCUGCAGAAGAUCAGUGCCGCGGAUAAUAUUUCGAAUUGAUGGCUAGCCGGAGGAAUUGUGUAUAAAAGCAUCAGUCCUUUGCUUGGCCUGAAGGAAUCCCUAUUGCGCAUAUGAAACUGACCGAGGCCCAUUCUCCCUCCUCAAUUCUCUCAGCCCUUCCCGCUUAGCGUUCUCAAUCUGAGGCCAUCAUGGACGACUUCUACCUCUUUGCCAAUUGCAACUUCGUGCCUGACAGGUACGCAGACUGGCAAGCCGCCUACGACGACCUCGCACUCUACGUCUCCUCCUCCGAGCCCACCACAAAAACGUACUACUUCGGCAUCCCCAUCGACUACGCGCACGACUUCUCCAAAACAACGUCCAUGUUCGCCUUCGAAGUGUAUGGAAAGCGCGAUGAUCUGUACACCACGCACCUCACAUCCCCCGCCAUGUCCAAGUUCCUCGAAAGAAUCCCAGCUGCAUCGACAACAGGCCUGGAUCUCAACCACUACCGCUGCGUCGCCGGCUUCCUGGAUCUCGCAGGCGACAAGAGCGAAGCUGGCAUCAUGCAGGACAUGCGCAUAACCUGCACGUCUCCCUCGGCACGCAGCACACUCGUCUCCUCGCUGUCGUCCCUCGUCAACAAGGUCCACCAAGAAGCCAGGGUGAACGGUGGAAAGGACGGAAUACUAACCUACAUGGCGUUCUCGAGCUUGGACGACGAGUUCGGAGCGCGGGUCUACGGCCGGUGGCGGACGAGGGAAGAUUUGGAGAGGUUUAUUAGGAGGGAGGAUGUGAUUGGGUUUUGGAUGGCGAAUAAGGAGCAUAUAAGGGCUAUGGAGCAGCGGCUGUAUGUGCCGAAUGGAAAGGGGUGGCUGCAUCGCGGGAGUGGGUAUGCGGGGGAGCAGCAGAAUGAGAUGGGGAAAGAGAAGCUUUGAAGAGUGAUUGAAGAAAA